AUGACUUGGCUUAUUAAUAUUGCGCAACACAAUAGCAGCAGAAACAACUGUAUAAACAAGAGAGGUACGCAAACAUGGCUCAACGAGAAAAAAAACACAGUAUAUGAAAACUCAUUUGAAAAUGCCAUCAACGUAAACGCACUAGCAUACAACAACAACAACAAUAACAACAUCAGCAACAAUGACAAUCACAACAACACGAACAAAAUGAUCAAACUACGUAAAUAUCGCAACGCCAACAAAAAUGACGACGACGACAUCAACAAUGACUACAGCAGCCAUCAUCGCCACUACAACCACCACCAACAUUAUCACGACUACCACGUCUAUGAACGUCACCACAGCAGCGACAACCACAACGACAUUAAAAAUUGUUCAAAAAAUUAUUGGGAUGAGCCAUCGGCUAAGUGUUCAGAAGCCCUUUAUGCCCAAACGGAGACCAUCUUGCCAGGGGAAGACAUUUGGCUCAACCACGACAUCAUCAACAACACUUGCUUGCGAAUUGCAAGGGCGAGUUUAUUAAAACAGGCGCUCAUGCCCAACUUAAACAUUGACAUAAUAGAAUGGAGAAGAUAA